AAGCCAAUAAAAUGUUCUGGGCUAAGAAGAAGAGCGCUCAUUAAUGGCAUAUCCAUAAUAACAACAUAAAGUAGGUACCACUAUGCUAGUUAUAUUUUUUUUUAAACCAAAUUAGAACAAUAAGGCCCUCAUUACUGUCAGUUUUCAGUACUACUUUAAUAAUAACUGAUUGUUAUAAGAAACGCCGGAAGAAGUUCUUGGACAGCACAAACCUUUUCAGAGAGAAUCUAUAAUCUUUGCCAAAUCUCAACUUAAACUCACUUUCGGAGCAUGCGCCUUCUUCCAGCUUCUGUUUCAGAUCAUCAUUAUUAUUCCUUUCUAUCGAUAACACAUGAAGUCCACAGUAAGAAACGAGAUCGAACAAAGAUAUGGAUUAUUUAAAGGUCAAGAUAUCGUAUUUCAGCUCUGAGUAUAAAAAAUAAAAUAAUACCAACACAUGUAGAACGAAAAUACCCUAUAAGUUAGUUAUCCAGAUGAGAAGGCAUAUGACGUAUAAUAAUAAUGAUACAAAACAGGAUACAGAAGCUUCUCUGCACCGAGUACAAUGACUUUAAUGACAUCAUCAUCAUUGAAAGUCCAUUUGCACAGACCACCAGGGACGGCAAUGGUAUCAGGCAGUUACAGAUUGGUAUCAGCCCGAACAGAUUAAUCCUAGCAUGUGACAAUCCUUGCCAAGACCCGGAGCCAUGGAAUUGUGGAGAUCCCGAAACGGAGAGCCUGGAACUCCUGUCAAUCGUGCCCUUGGAGUCGGUCACUCUCACCGUCUUCCGCCGAAGGACGAGGAACACCAUCAAGGCCCACUUCUCAAACGGGAGGAUUCUCUUCUUUGAAUUGGCCGCAAGCGACCGCAGGGAGAUGUUCUGGAACCUGUGGUGUGACCGAAUGAGGCUUUUAGCUCCGGAAUUCGUCAGCUCAACGCAAUCCGAGACUAGCGUCGGGUCCUCCUCAUCGACCAUUACCAACUACUCUCGCCAAGUUCAUUUUGAAAAAGCGUGGCACGAACGAGACCUCUUCCUUGGCGCCAAGUUUGGGACUUGGCCUAUCAAGAAGAAGAGACAGCCAGUAGGAUCGCCUCAUGUUCCGCGGGAAGCAGAAGCUGUGCCCAAUAAAUCAGGAAAAUUGAAGGUCUGCCAAGUGAACAGAUUUGGUGCGGGCAUCAGCGAGAACUGUUCCACUUCUCUCUUCCUCCCGGCUCAAGUCAUCGUGGCGCAAAGCUUCUUGGAAGACGUCAAUGGAUUCUUUAAGGGGGAAGAGGAAGAGGAAAAGAAGUGGCAAGAGUUAAUUAUGGAAGGAAGAGUAGAGCGAACCAGGAGAGUGAGCCACCCUCGACGAUACGGCCUCCUGGCAAUGCCCCACCUCAUGGCCGGCCUCGGCCUAUGGGCUCUCCCUUAUCCUCAAGCCCACUUAGCACAGAUGAAAAGGUGUUGUUCAGAGGUGAGCUUAAGCACAAGAGAGGCAUCUACUUCACCCUCAAUACCAAAGAGCCUCCUCAAGUCUUCUGUCUCCUCAGAGUCUCUCUUAAGAUAUUCUAAACAGUUUGAGCCUGCCAUAAUCUUCUGGACCCCUGGCUUUUGGUAUAAGCCAAGAAAUAUAUCUGAGGCAUACCUUGAACAAAGGCAUCACCUCUCCGACAUACGGUCGUUCAUCUCACAAGGUCCAAUAAAAAAGAAGAAGUGGCUAAAAGUUUUCAAAAAAAAGCAAACACAUAAUGUAGAGUGGAAAGAUGGUCCCAUGAUGAAAAAAAAACAAGAUUUCCGUUCAUUGCUUGUAGCAGACAUUGCGCUGUCCAGUUGGGACUUCGAUUCCACACUGAUUGCUUAUCAAAUAACACUAAUUGACAAGGAUUUGUUUAUCAGGAUUCCAAUCUCAGAUUUUGAAGAAUUGCAGAAAGACAGGAAUUCAAGAAACUCUCCUAACUUCCGAGCCUUAGUAGCUUUUUCCAACAGGCUGGCCAAUCUAAUCACCACUGAACUCAUAAGGAUUGAUUCAGUGAAAAUGAGGGCACGUUUGGUAGCACGAUGGAUUAACGUGGCCGACAAACUGUUCCGAUUGCAGAAUAUGCAAGGAGUCUGUAGUGUUCUGGCUGGGCUGCAAAGUGCUGGUGUCUACAGGCUCACUGGCACCUGGUCUUAUCUUCGCCAUCACCACAACUCAAAGUAUAGGAGGAUGACAACAUUGAUGCGACUUAACAGAGACAGCAGGUCCAAAAAGUACCAUGAGAUGAUGGUCCAAGUGGUAAAGACAACACCAUACCUACUAACUGCUGAAUAUCUGGUUUCGGUGCUCCUUGGCUGGUCCGCACCACCUAUUAGUCCUCUGCCUACUGAAUGGAAAAUUGAGAGCCUGCUGCCCACGUGGGUGUCUGCAGCGAUGGAGUAUGGCCUUACGGAAACCCCUUUGGCCAGAGAGUUUCUAACAAAAGCCAGAUAUUUGGAGGAGUUAGAUAACUUCAUUCUUGCUUCUCAACUCGAACCAACUAUUCAUACACCAUCAUAUCAAUAAACCAUAGGUAGUCCUAUCCUCUACUUGCCAUUAAAUAAUUUUACUUAUAUUCUUUUCUCUUUAUUUUAAAUUUUAAAAGAAUUCUUCACAAACCAGCCAGCGUAUGCUAU